AUGUCACCUCCUCACUUUCAGUGCGCUUUCUUCGGUGGAGAGAUUGACAAACCAGUGCAAGGGAUUCUCCAAAGGGCCAAACGCAAAGCUGUCAAUGUUGGGAUCUGCCUGGAGGGAGUUUAUGUGAUGGAUGUAAAAGAGAAGCAUGUGCUGCUGGGUCUGCAUUUCAACGAGCUUUCCUGGGACCACAGCUACCCCGAGGAGCAGGGGGACUCACACAUCCUGUGGCUGGAGUUUGAUGGAGAGGAAGACGGCACUCCUGUCAACAAGUUGCUGAAGAUCUAUUCAAAACAGGCAGAGCUAAUGAGCGGCUUCAUUGAGUUCUGUGUGGAGCUGAGGUCUGCGUCUGAGGGAGGAGCUGCAGCCGAGAUGGACGGAGAGGUGGGGGCACAUCAGCAGCCUGGGGGGCAGGACGGCAACAACAAGAACGGACGAGGAGGACGGCGCGGGAUGCUGCGCAGGCAGAGCAGCGUGGUCUGCAGUCGGGUCCAUUCACUUAACACUAUCAGCUACGUGGACAAUGGAAAAGAAAUCAAACGUUUGAAACCCAAGCGAGCCGCGUCCUUCUUCACCCGCCAGGUGUCUGCAGCCACGUACUCUGCAGCGACCUACUCUGCUGUGCAGGUGGCGGAGAAUCUGGAGCAGGGGUAAACUCGCCAGAGGCCCCCAUGCCUCUCAAAGACCAAACCUGAACACUUUACACUGAUACUUAAGGAGAAGACUUGAUACAAGCCUGAGACAUUUAACUGAAAAAA